AUGGAAAAUUAAACAAAUUCGAAUUAUUACUAUAAUGAUCUUUCAAGCAAAGUUAAGGAAGUUGUUUUUGAUCCAAAGUCAAAAGCUAAAAAAUUAGGAUUAAAGUCAGAUCGCUUUAGAGAGUCUCGCAUGGGUUCAAGCGCUGCUGAUGUGAUUUACGAUGCUAAGUAAAGAGAUAGAACAUAUACAAAACCAGAAGAGUGGGGAAAGAGUAGUUAUUACAAAACAAACUGGUGCUAGCUUUUACUCGAAAAUUGUCCAGACGAAAUAGAUAGAAUUGAUUAUUUAACAACUACUCCAGAAUAUUUUGUUUAAAAUUAUGAGUCUAAAAACAAACCUUGCAUUUUCACAAACUCAGCAGGAAAUUUCAAUAUAGAAAAGUAUUGGACAUUUUAGCAAAUUUACAAUCGUUAUAAAGACAUCUCUUUCAAAGUAGGAGAAGAUGAUAAAGGGAAAAAAAUUCGUAUAAAGUUGAAAUAUUUCUUUGAAUAUUUAGUUUAUAACACUGACGAUUCACCUUUAUAUAUGUUUGAAUCCGCAGUGGAAGAUAUAAAAGAAGCACGUAAAAUGAUCGAAAAAUAUGAAGUCCCCAAAUACUUCAGAGAAGAUCUCUUUUAGUAUAUUGGAGAGCGUAAGCGUCCUCCUUAUAGAUGGUUUUUAAUUGGACCAGAAAGAUCUGGUACUACAGUUCACAUAGACCCUCUAUAAACAUCUGCUUGGAAUACUUCUCUUUAGGGUUAUAAGAGAUGGGUUUUAUUUGAUCCAAAUGUUCCUAAAUCUGUAGUUAAAGCUAAGAAAUUUAUUCCAACUGGCGAAGACGAUGAUGCUAUUUAAUAUUUCUGUAAAAUGCUUCCUAAACUAGUUCAAGAAGAAGGAAGAGAAAAUUUAGGUAUUAUUGAAUUUAUUUAAGGACCAGGUGAAACUGUUUUCGUACCUGGUGGAUGGUGGCAUGCAGUUAUAAAUGUAACUGAUACAGUUGCUGUAACAUAAAAUUAUAUGAAUAGUGUUAACAUUCCAUGGGUUUGGCCUUGUUUCAGAAAGGAAAGAAAGAAACUCGCUUGCUAUGCACUUAAAAAAUUCUAGAAAAAGAUUCCUUAAAUCCAUAAAAGAUUAGUUGAUAUAAAUGAAAAGGAUGGUUUCGUUAUGCAUGAUAAAAAGUAAAGUAUAAAAAAGAAAAUAUUUUUGGAAGAUGAGAUUAAAGCUAAACAAGAAAAAAGAGAAUUAUUUAAUAUUGCAAAUGCUAAUCCAAGAUAUUUAAGUAGUGAUCAGACAUCAAACUCUUCUAGCUCUUCUUCUUCAAGUUCAUAUUCUUCCUCAUCUAGCUCAGAUGAGCAUAGUGAUUCUCGUUCCCGUUCUCGCUCCCAUUCAAGAAAAAAUAGAAAUAAAAGUAGAAAAAGAAAUGCCAGCAGUAAGCAUCAAAGAAACAACAGCAAUUCAUCUACUACUUCUAGAUGA